UCGCGGCGGAGCGGGGCGGUAACUCUCCGGCCGCCGGGAGGUGGGAGGGCCUGGCCCUGAGGCCGGAGACGGCGCGAGGCCCGGGCCUCCCCGCUGCCCCGCUCCGGGGCUGGGACUGGCUCGCCCCGCCGGGUCCUCACAGAACAGCCAGGCCCUCUCGCUUGGUCCUCACGCCAGGGAAUGGGCUGUUGUCCCAUUUUGCAGACACGAAACUAAGGCUCAGGGUCAGAGCUAACAAGUGUUCAGAAGUCAAGUCAUGGAUCAGCCAACACGGAAAGAAAAAUCCAAAGUUAAAGAACCUGUGAGCAGAGUUGAGAAGGCCAAGCAGAAAUCAGCCCAGCAGGAGCUGAAGCAAAGACAAAGAGCAGAGAUCUAUGCCCUCAACAGAGUCAUGACAGAACUGGAGCAGCAGCAGUUCGAUGAGUUCUGUAAACAGAUGCAGCCUCCUGGAGAGUGAGCCGCCCCCGCGCACAGAACCAGACGAACCCCCGCCCUGAGGCUGGCUUUUUCCACAUGGUUCCCGUUUCCCUGAGAUGGUCCGCUUGGAACCUUACAGAACCAGACAAGAAAAUGUUUGCAUUAUUCUGGAACUGGGAUAAAUCUGAACUUCCCGUAUGUCACUUCUGCUUCACUGGUUCCUUCAGUCUGAAUUGGCCCAGUGCUUGCUGAAGAGACUUGUUUUGUUCUUCUAAGACAGCAGAUUCUUUUUUUUUUUUAACUUUUUUCUAUUGCUUGAGAAAAAUCAGCAUUUCUCGUGAAACUGUAGAUCUUCUCCAAAAAUAUAAAUAAAAUACUAAUAAAAUGUC